AUGCCAGUAUCCUCGCCUGUUCCAACCUCUACAGGUCAUCCAGCCGAGCGGCUUUCAGAUUUUGUUCCGGAAGAAUUUCGAAUCCAGCUGGCAAAAACUCCACCUCGUUUGACCAUCGAGCAACCAGUCUAUCAGGACAGGUUGAAGGAAAUUCGAAACAAUGAAAAGUUUGCUUUCAUAGUUCAAUGGCUUUAUCUAUUACGAGGAGUAAUCAAGCUGUACGAGGUGCACUUUGAUGUUAUCUCAUUUGAAGAGGAAUUAAUUGGAAUCAACGGCGAACUGUUCUUAUUAAAAUUCAAGUCGAACUUAAUCUACGCCUUGAAUGGAUUCAGGAUCGACAACAUAGCAAAUCAUCCUGAGCUUUUCAAUGAGCAGAUCCAAAGCAUUCUUCCUAACUGGUUUUUAGAGCAUUACGAUUCAGAUGAAGCCUUAAGCGCGUUCGAUUUUAACGAUGCAUCCAUUGAGGUAAAGCUAGAUAUUUUCUACGAGCUGUUACGGUUGUUGAUGGUUCGCAAAGAAGCUACCGUUCGAAAAACGGUGGAAUUAUACGAUAGCCCCUGGGACACAAUGAAGCUGCUACCAGUGUUUGCAGAAGAUGAUGUCAAAAAUUCGGUACUGAAAGAGUACCUCAUUUUAAUGGAUGACAGAAUGUAUUACAGAGAAUGGAGCUUCCCCAAGAUCAAGGUUCCUGCUCAACGAAAGGAAUAUCUGAAGUUACUGGACGAAUAUGAAAACCCGUUUGGGGAUCUGGAACCCAAGAUAACCAGAUGGGAAUGCUUAACUGUGGGCAUAUAUGAGUUUGACGAAUACCUCAACAAUUUAAAACUCAAAACUGGCAAGAAAACAUCAAGUAAGGAGGGCAAAUUACUGAAAGCACUGGAGCCUUUUGUGGAGCAGAUAUAUGGAACAGAUUUAAAAAAGAGAAAGGAAGCACUUCACAGAAAGAAGGAACUUCAGUUGCAAUCACUGCUAGCCAAUAGAAAACGAUCUUCAAGAUUGGAGGCAAAGGAGCGCCAAAGAGAAGAAGAAAGGAGAAAAGAGCAUGAUGAACGUAUAAGGCAAAUCAAUGAAGGUACGGCCUUGAGGUCUAGCAGACGCCUGAUAAUGAAACAAACCCAAAAGGAAGAAUCUGCACCUCCUACAAAUACAGCUUUAUCUAGAGCUGAUAGAUUGCAACAAAGACGGGCACUGGAAGCAGGGCUGUCAGGAACUUCUUCUCCGGUGCCCGUUACUCCAGAUGAAAACAAGUAUUCAUCUUUCAAGACUGAAUCGGCUGCAGCUUCUGAUAACGAAAGUUCUGGAAACACUUCAUUUGCGCAAGCUCCUGAGCAGCAGGCCAAGUCUCAUCCAGUAGAAGCAGUUCCAGAGCAGCCUAAGCAAGAGCCAAACCAUCAGUCGGCUUCAACUAUUCCAACAUCAAUCAAUAGUUCCAUCCAACCAGUGAACACCUUCAUUCCACCACCCCAAUUCAAAAACUUGCUGGUUGAUGAGACUGCUGUUCACUCAUAUGGCUACAGCCCAACUCCGGUAACUGUUCCUGUUCUUACUCCGGUUGAGUCAGUUUCCAAGCCAUUGCAGACCGUGCCCAUUAAUACCUACCCUGCAUCCCCAUUGAACCAAAGCUCCAUCAAUAUAAAUCAAACAGGCCCAGGCGGAAUCUCGGAUUUAGAUACAGAAAAGAAUACGGAGUCUGAAGAUAAGCAUACGAGUCAGCAAAUUGGUAACUUUUAUAGCCCGUUGAAUAAGUAG